UUCAACCUUCAGGCAGAUCGAAUCACUCGAAGCUCUCAAAUCAAGAACGAAAAACGCAAUGCAUCGAAAGUGUCUUAUCGGUGUCGUCACCUGCCUGUUUUUGGCUUUUCCUAAGGCGCAAAGCCACAGCAUCCGAGGUGCCAAUGCCACCUUGGAUCUGCCAGAAGUGCGGGGUGAUAAGUUCCUGUACUUUGGAUUCGGGAGCAAUAUGCUGACCAAGAGGAUUCACAUCCAGAACCCAACGGCUGUGAGAGUUGGACCCGCCCUGCUCCCCGAUUAUCGGUUGGACUUCGCAUUCAUAUCUGAUCGUUGGAAUGGCGCUGUGGCCACCAUUGUGCCCACCCAGGGUUAUCAUCUGUGGGGCACCCUCUGGGAGAUCGAUCUCAGCAAUCUUCCAGAUAUUGACAACCAAGAAGGCGUUGAUCUGGGCAUUUAUGAGCCUCGAACCGUCUACGUGCAACUCCGUGAUGAAUCCAAACAAACUCCUGCCCGUGCUUAUCUGCUGACCAAGCAGCCGGAGGACAACCUCUACGAACUAUCAAAGGAUUCUGUUCCGGCAUCCCGCCAGCCAUCGAAAACUUAUCUCGAGUGUCUUGUUAAGGGCGCUGUCGAGAGCUCCGUUCCGGAGGAUUACGUCCGGAAAUUGAAAGGUAUCAAGCACAAUGGUCAAGUGGUCACCAAACUAGAGCAAAAGCUGGAACUACAAAAUAUUACACUCUAAAUAAACACUAAACCAAUUUGUUGUAUUGUAAUGUUUAGAGAACUGUAAUAAAGAACUAAAAAUGUCAA